AUGAACAACACUGAAGCAACUCUACUCCUUUGCUUCUUCUUCUCCAUCUUCUCAUCUUCUCAUGUUUAUUUCGCCGGAGCUAACCAAACCGCCGGCAACAUUACCACGUCGUCGUCGGAGAACCCAUUCACACCAAAAGCCUCACUGUUACGUUAUUGGAACAAUCACAUCAACGGCGGCGAUUCACCAAAACCUUCUUUUUUCAUCUCAAAGGCCUCUCCUCUAACCCACGUGGAAGCCACGCGCUUCGCCUCACUCGCUUCUAAUCACGCGCUUCACACGCGCAGCUCCUAUUUCUGCUCCGCCGCGAAACUCUUUUGCUUCCCGGAGCUCUCCUCACAUUCCCUCGAAAAACACGGCGAUGACGUCGACUUCGCCGCGUACAGCGGCAAGAACUUCACUAACUACGGCUCCGACCGUCUCUCCGGAGCUGACUCGUUCAAAAACUAUUCCGGCGGUGACAACAUCGCCGUUGACUCGUUCCGACGUUACAGCCGCAACUCCGCCGGACACGACGACGGGUUUACAAAUUACGCCGGAGAUGUCAAUGUAGCUGACCAAAGCUUCUCGACUUACGCCACCGGAACAACCGGAGGCUCCGGCGAAUUCGCGAGUUACAACACAAACGCAAACGAACCGAAUGGGAUAUUCACUUCUUACUCCGACAAAGCCAACGGAAGAUCACAAACCUUCACUUCUUACUCCGGCAACGGCAACACCGGAGAGCAAACGUUCACAAGCUACAGCAAAAACGGAAACGGAGCUCCGAAUGAUUUCUCGGGUUACGGAACCGGGUCAAACGUCGUCAAAUCGGGUUUCACCAAAUACGGAGAAAACGGUAACGGAGCUAACGACAGUUUCACGAGCUACGGAGGAAACGGUAACGUUCCCGUUAACGAUUUCAAAGGUUACGGUGACGGAGGAAACGGCGCCGUUUAUGGUUUUAAAAACUACAGAGACCAAUCCAACAUCGGAGUUGACUCGUUCUCUUCUUACGCUAAGAACUCGAACAACGAGAAGGUCAAUUUCGUAAAUUACGGUAAAUCUUUUAACCUCGGUUCAGAUAAUUUCACCGGUUACGGCCAAGGUAACGUCGGAGGUAACGUGAGUUUCAAAACUUACGGCCAAGGUCCGAGUUUUAAGGAGUACACUAAAGACGGCGUCGUUUUUGCGCAUUACACUAACAACGUGAGUUCCAGUGGCAAAACGGUGAAUAAAUGGGUUGAGGAGGGUAAAUUCUUUAGAGAAUCGAUGUUGAAAGAAGGGACUUUUAUGCAAAUGCCUGAUAUUAAAGAUAAAAUGCCUAAAAGGACGUUUUUGCCCCGGAGCAUUGUUUCUAAAUUACCGUUUUCUUCUUCCGAGAUCGGAGAGAUUCGAAAGGUUUUUGGCGCCGGAGAAAAUUCGUCGAUGGCGAAUAUAAUAUUGUCGGCAGUUUCGGAGUGUGAGAGACCGGCGAGCCACGGCGAGACGAAGCGGUGCGUUGGAUCGGCGGAGGAUAUGAUUGAUUUCGCUACAUCGGUGCUUGGACGCGGCGUGGUGGUGAGGACGACGGAGAAUGUUGUCGGGUCAAAGAAGAAGAUUUUGAUUGGUAAAGUCAACGGAAUCAACGGUGGAAAUGUAACGAGAGCUGUUUCGUGUCAUCAAAGUUUAUACCCGUAUUUACUGUAUUAUUGUCACUCGGUUCCUCGGGUACGGGUUUAUGAGACGGAUAUACUUGACCCGGAGAGUUUAGAGAAGAUUAACCAUGGUGUUGCUAUAUGUCAUAUUGACACGUCAGCUUGGAGUCCGACUCAUGGAGCGUUUCUGGCUUUAGGUUCGGGUCCGGGUCGGAUUGAAGUCUGCCAUUGGAUCUUUGAGAAUGAUAUGACUUGGAAUAUUGUUGAUUAAGGUCUUGGUCAUUUUUUUAUGAUUACAUUUGAGAUUUGAUUUCUACAUU